CACACAUGUCAGGGUAGUAUGAUUUGACACUUUCUUGCUUAUUGUGUUCCUGGCACAGUGCCACCAUGUGGACGGUACCUGCAAUGCAUUAUCACUUGUAUUUUGGGUUAUUACACACUGUACAGUACAUUUUGUAUUUGAAGCCUGUUGUCAGAUUUCAGGAUAUUUUAAUGGUAAGUCAUUUGUUUAUUUAUCGUCUGUAUUUGUUAGAUGUAAAUUAUAAAAUGUCCCACUCAGUCUAUUUUAUUUACUGUACCCAGUGCCUAGGAAUUAUUUAUGUAUUGUAAUUUACUCAUUUACAUACCUCUCUGAAGACAUGCCCUGCUGGUGUCUAAGUGUUUAAUGUCUGGUCCUUUGUUUUGCUAGUAGAGGAAGACACAUCAUCAGCGGUGGCACUGGAGGGAGAGGUGAAGCGCACCAUGUGACUGCUGUUUUUGGACCUGCGAUGCCACUGCUGCCACAGUCAGCGGAGGCAGAGCGCUUUGACGGACUAUCCCUGCUUUACUGGACCAUCAUGGGACCCCACGGCAUCAACCGUGCUGUACAGAGACUGGAGUUUUCAGACUGCAGAAAAGGACUUGGGGUGAAGAUCAUUGGAGGUUACAGAGAGCUGAGUGGUGAAGAGUUUGGCAUUUUCAUUAAGCGAGUCUUACCUGGGGGCGUGGCUGCACAGGACGGACGACUCAGAGCCGGUGACCUCAUUCUAGACGUCAACAACAUGAAUUUAGGGGGUGUCACGAACGAAAGGGCGGUGGAGAUUCUGCGCAUGGCGUCAGCCUCCAACCACAUGUCUCUUCUGAUUGCUCGAGAUGAGGAGUCAAGGAAAGAGUUUGCUGAACUCAUGGAGAAAUAUGGCUCCAGCAGCAACACAUCCUCAGGAACUGGCAGAACAUCUCCUCCUCCUCUCACCACAGGUAAGCUGACUGACACUGCUUCAUCAUCCUCAUCUUCGAGAUCAACAAGUCCUCAAAUCUUGAGCCCCAAAGACUGCAGCACGGCUCCUGUAACUCCACAGGUCUGCAGUGACUGCAUGAUUCAGUUAAUAUGUGUUGCCAAGGGAACAGGCUUAGGCCUGGUCAUCAAGGGAGGAGCAAACCGUGCUGAGGGACCAAUGGUGUUCAUUCAGGAAAUAGUGCCUGGAGGAGAUUGCCAAAGGGAUGGAAGACUAAAGGUUGGAGAUCAACUUAUAUCUAUCAAUAAAGAGUCCUUUAUUGGAGUCACACAUGAGGAGGCCAAAAGUAUACUAACCCGAACAAAGCUCAGACCAGACCCCACAGUGGAGAUAGCGUUUAUCAGACGAAGAUCUUCCUCUGGCUCCAGCAGUGGCCCCCACAGCCCCAUCUCCCUGCAGGCCCCACCCAGCAUGCCCCCACAGCCUAGACCACAUGGCCUUGGGGGAGUACCUGUACCUGUACCUGUUCCUGUGGGGCUGGUGCCCAAGAUCUCCCCUGUCACCAACUCUGGAAGUGAGACACUGCCUUCUGUCAAACUGACACAGGUACGAGCAGUACCAGUGAAGCCAGAGCUCCCAUCUAUCGCUACCCCUGAGAGUGCCUGCACUAUUUCUGAUGCCAGUGCUGCCUGUAAGCCCAGCACCACUCCUGUGCCCGCCCAGUCAAGACCUCCGUCACUCAGCUCUAGCUCCCCAGUCAAACUGGAGAGGCUGCAGCAGGCACUGGAGGUGCUGGGGCUAAAGCCAACCGAAUCGCAGCUCCAGACCCUGAGAGAGAGGCUCCGUGUGGACUCUGGAGGAACAGUGGCCUAUGGAGAUUUUGAGACUUUGUCAAAAGAACUCUUCAAGUUGACAGACGUGUCAAAGUUGGAACAAGAAGUAGCGAGAUUCGCAUCUGACGAUCUCACUGACUCUUCUUCAAACCCCCUGGCAUCAACAUCUGACUCUGAUGACCUUGAUGAGAUGGAGAGAUUAAGAAAAGAUCACAUUGAAGCCUUAAGAGAGAUAAAGCGACUCCAGGAUAAGCUGGCUGAGUCUGAAAGCCUUUGUCAUCAGAUGCAGCAAGAGCUGACUAAAGUCAAACAGGAGGCAAAAGCCGCGGUGGAUGAGAGCAGAGCCCUGCAGACGCAGAUCCACCUGGCGGAGGCUGCUCAGAAGCAGGUGCGGGGAAUGGAAAUGGACUACGAAGAGGUCAUCCACCUCCUGGAGGAAGAGAUAGCAGAGAUGAAGUCUCAGAGAAAUGAAAAGCUUGGCCAGUCCAAGGAGGAGCAAGAGCUGAAGAAGAGGAUUGCUCUGCUUGAGUGUCAGUUACGGAAGAGUGAAACUUCGAAAAAAGGCUUUGAGGUUUCUACUGGCAAACUUCUGCGCUUUGUUGAGGUUAUGCAAGAGUUCCUAGCAGAGCACCAAGGAUCUAUACGGACCUACAAUUCUCAGAGCGAGCCGAAGCUGGCUGCCCUGUCUCAAGCUCUCUCUACACGAAGUGGAAAGAAAGUAUCCAGGACGGCUUCAACACUUGCCUUGGAGGCCAAAGAGCUCACUCGCUCUGUUAGAGCCAUUCUGGAAGUGGACUGCUUACCUUAUGGCUGGGAUGAAGCUUACACUGCAGACGGUGUCAAAUACUACAUCAAUCAUGUGACACAGACAACAUCGUGGACUCACCCUGUGAUGAACUCCUUGGGUCUUUCAGAACCAGAAACCAACGACCAAACCCAGGAUCCCCCAGAAGUCAAGGGCUAAAGUACACAACCUUGCAAAACUACAUUGCCAUCUCAUGUUGUUGUGAAGGUUGAGUGUUUUAGAUACCAAACUGCAAAUGCAUUCAAUACAUCUUUGCAGUCUGUAAUUUCAGUGUUAACAUUUAACUUUCACAAGCCAAGCAGGCCUCAUUGACAGGUUUUUACAAGGUUAGUUCUAGUUUAUCAUAGCAGUCUGGAUGGACAUUGGAUAUGAAGUCAAUUUCUUAAAGGAUAUGAAAAUGAAAAAUACAUUUGCUGGAUAACAUUAAGCAUUUUUUUAGCAGCGUCCUCGCUAUCAGUGUAUUAUGAGUAUUAUAACAUACCGAACCAUAGACUAAGGUUUGGAACAAUAUCAUGCUUAUAACAGGUAUUGUUCUGAAUGUCUGUUUGAUUUCACUGAUUUUCACUAAAUCAAUCAAUUACUAAAUCUAUACUUAACAUAUAAUGUAAGUCAUUAUACUGAAAGUGAGUUUACACGUUAUGGGUGGGUUUCCUGGACAGGAAAUGAGCCUAGUUGUAGACUAUAUUUUAAACAGAUUAUACUUUCAGUAUAAAAUCUUCAUUUAAAGUGUUGUGUAGUCCAGGACUAGGCUUAAUCCCUGUCUGGAAAACUGCCCCAGCAUGACUGGCUCCUCUCUUAGAGAGUUAUGUUUUUAAUCUUCCAUUUCAGGAAUUUCCCACCGUAUUCUACUCCAUGCUUUUUUUCUUUUUGGUAUCUUCACCAAAACAAUGGCCAAGCCCAUACACCCUUCCUAUUUUCUAAAAAAUCUCCACCUCCAUGCUAUUCUCCACCCAAACAAUGUCUUUGAAGUCAAAGUAAUGCCCUCUUUUUGUAUAAAUGAAAAGGUCUUUGCGAGGACAAAGUGAUCUUAUCAGUGCUGAUCAAAUCUGACAUCAACAGUUUUUACAGACUUCAGUUUUUGAUUGACAUUCAGGUGUUAGAUUUCUAGUGUAGUUAACAGUCCCUCGGUAACAUCUCUUUUAGAUGCCCUCUUAUCUGCUACAUUUAAAUGGACCACAUUCCACAGUCCACAAUCUUUAGUGUGUUAGUGAAGCAUAACCUGUGUUUAUGUUUCAUUUUCAUGCACUCUGCUGUUGUCAGCACAACAAAGCAAUAUAACUGUUGUAAACCUUUGUGGAGUUUAUAACUGUUAAGAGGCAAAGCACACAUGUGAACACAUCAGCUGUUACAUGUGUGAUUUUUAGCUGUCUGCAUUUCCAGUAGACAUGUGAAAUCUCAAUGUUGUACCCUAAGCCUUAUGUGCAUAUUUCUUUUGAAAGAUUCUUGUCUUAUCAGGAUUGCUUUGCUAUAUGCAGGUUUGCUUUAAAGGGGGAGUUCACCUUAGUUCACAUUUAAGGUCCACUUGUGCCUAGUUUUUAUAUCAGAUGCUUAAAUUGUCAGAAGUAAUUAAAAUAUUUUUUGAAUAUUUCUUCUUUCAUAUUCUACUAAAAAACUGUCACCUGCCAUGCUUUAAUCCAGAAGAUACAAUUCCCAGUGUCAGCAAUCCUAUGGCAAUCUGAUCACUGCACACUCUCAAUUCCUUUUUUAUAUCACUUAAAUAAUACAUACACACAAUAAAACACAAAUAAUGUUGUCACUGCUUGGUAUUUACUCUGCCCAACUUGACUCAAAUAUGCUCUUUGUUUUACCAUUAGACACGUUUUGUGUCUGGUACAGUUUAGGUUAUUUUGGUGCUAUGACAAAUCACUUAAACAUAUUUUAUUCAUUUCAAGUAUAUACUUCUGCAAAAAAGUGAAAGUUUUAUUUAGUAUAAAUAAAGGAGUUUAAAACAUUCAGUAGAAGCAAAACAAAAUCAGUCAAUAAUGUAACAAAACAAAUAAUGUUACACACAUUUAUAUAUACUUAAAAUGUCACAGUAAAUGGCAAAACAAAUAGACUGCUUUCAUGACAGAAUACCGCUUUAUUACAAUAUGGAUUUUUUUAUUAUUUAAAGAAAAUUUAUGUGCUAAAUUUUAUGUUGUACAAUAAAAUAUAGCACACCUCUACUGAAAGAAUCAACACUAUGUAAAAAGCCACACAAUGAGAAAGUUUACUUUACUUAAUCCAAUCAAAUACCUGCAGCACUUUGUUCCACCCUGAAUCAUCUACAGUGGAAGAAGCAAAUAAACUAAAGUGACCGAUCAGUUAGCAUGUAUAAAAAUUACAUCUAAUUACAAUUUAUUUAGCAAAAUAAUAAAAAAAAAGAAAAUCUAACAAAAUAUUACAGGUAUUUAAAUGAUCUAAAAAUGGUUUGGUGUGUCUGAAAAUGUCCAAAGCAUCUAGCCAGGAUCAGAUGUGAUUUGGGGUGAACCCCCUCUUUAAAGUUGCAUUAUUUGAAACUCUGCCUAACAACAGAUAGAUUUAUAUUAGAACGAUAUAUUUAGAAUAUUGAUUAGAUGUUUUUCCUGUUUUGUCUGGGAAUAUGUUCCGUUUUAAUUGUGGUAGUAAUAAAGUUUUGUUGAAAAGAA